UGAAAAAUAAACAACAUGGCGGUGUCUCUGCAGCGUUUGGCGUCCGCGGGGAAAAACCUUUUCAGAAGGAACUUAUUCAAGACCGAACACUUCAGCAGGCCCAUAGCUGGAUCACACAAACUUUUAGCGACUCAAGCUGCCAGCCAGGUGGUUUUAAAUGUCCCGGAAACCAAAGUGACGACUUUAGAAAAUGGACUUCGAGUUGCUUCUGAGGACUCAGAUCUUCCCACCUGUACGGUGGGCUUGUGGAUCGAUGCCGGCAGUCGAUAUGAAAAUGAGAGGAACAAUGGGACGGCACACUUCCUGGAACACAUGGCAUUCAAGGGUACCAGGAAGCGGUCCCAACUAGAUUUAGAGCUGGAGAUUGAGAAUAUGGGAGCCCACCUGAAUGCGUACACAUCCCGGGAGCAGACUGUGUAUUAUGCCAAAGCUUUUUCAAAGGAUCUUCCACGAGCGGUGGAGAUCCUGGCGGACAUUAUCCAGAACAGCAUGCUGGGCGAGACAGAGAUCGAGCGGGAGAGGGGGGUGAUCCUCCGGGAGAUGCAGGAAGUUGAGACCAACCUGCAGGAAGUUGUGUUCGACUACCUCCAUGCCACCGCCUAUCAGUCCACGGCACUGGGCAGAACCAUCCUGGGUCCCACAGAGAACAUCAAAACCAUCAACAGAGGAGAUCUUGUAGAAUACAUCACCACACACUACAAAGGGCCCAGGAUAGUGCUGGCUGCUGCUGGAGGGGUGUCCCAUGAUGAGCUCAUCGAUUUGGCCAAGUACCACUUUGGAAAGCUUCCUGCCAGAUACAAAGGUGAAGUGCCGGCUCUUCCUGAAUGCAAAUUCACAGGAAGUGAGAUCCGAGUGCGUGAUGAUAAAAUGCCCCUGGCGCAUAUAGCCAUUGCAGUGGAGGCGGUGGGCUGGUCGCACCCGGACACCAUUCCCCUUAUGGUAGCCAACACGCUCAUCGGGAACUGGGAUCGCUCCUUUGGCGGAGGGGUGAACCUGUCCAGCCGGUUGGCCCAGAUGGCCUGUCAGGGGAACCUGUGCCACAGCUUCCAGUCCUUCAACACGUGUUACACGGACACGGGCCUGUGGGGGCUCUACAUGGUGUGUGAACCAGGAACCAUCAGAGAGAUGAUGCACUUCACACAGAUGGAGUGGAUGUCACUGUGCACGAGUCUGACAGAGAGCGAAGUGGUGCGAGCCAAGAACCUGCUGAAGACCAACAUGCUGCUGCACCUGGAUGGCUCCACUCCCAUCUGUGAGGACAUCGGCAGACAGAUGCUGUGCUACAGUCGGCGGAUCCCCCUUCAUGAGCUGGAGGCACGAAUUGAUGCCAUCGACGCAAAGACCAUCAAGGACGUGUGCACCAAAUACAUCUUUGACAAGUCUCCCGCUAUUGCAGCAGUCGGUCCCAUCGAGCAGCUCCCAGACUACCAGCAGAUCCGCGGUGGAAUGUUCUGGAUGAGAACCUGAAGACAAGCUGGUCGCCAGCUGGCAGCACCUGUACAGUAUCUUAACAAAACUCUACAAACACAGUAUUUAAGUCUCUUUGUAGGAUUUUUUUUGUCCUCCUUUAAUUUUAUUAUAAAAUAAAGACCAACACAAUAAUG